AUGUACCUUUUACCUAAUUGUAUCGACGAUUUGAAAUACAGUGACUUUUGGAAGGACACGGAGGAACCUUCGCUUAAUAAAUUCCUGAAUUUCCGAUUACGCCAAAGUAAUUUGGAAGAUAGUGAAGUGGAGCAUCGUCGGUACAAGGAUGAACUGAAGAGUAUUAGGAAAUACUAUGAUGAAGAAUCUGAAAUUGGGAAGAAAUGUGUAGUGUAUUCGUACUGUGUUGUCACAAACUACCAUGCUGGUUGCUUACUGGUAGUGGGAAAGCGCGAUAAAAACUCGGCAGAGGUAAAACUUUUCUGGGAAUUACAAGCGAAAAAACAAGAUAUUUUUAAGGAGAUCAGAUUACUUGAGGAGAGAUGCAAGUUACUUGAAAAGGAGCAAACCGAAAUGGAGAACAAAAUGUGCCUUAAACAGACCCAACAUAUUUUGGAUGCGACGAAGAAGACCGUAGAUCAAGGCAUUUCAUUACAAACAUCAAUUAUAGAAAAAUUUAGGAAACGUGUGCUGGAUGAGCCGUAUGCAUUUUGCGAACCACCAAAAAGGAGAACCAAAGUCACUAAUGAUAUAAUCGCAGAAUCUCAUUCUGAAUCUAAUGAAAAGACAGAUAUAACUGAAGAUAGUGAAAUAAUCGCAGAAUAUCAUUCUGAAUCUAAUGAAGAGAUCGAUACAGAAGUGAUUAACAUAACUGAAGAUGAUGCAGAAAUCAAGAGUCUUACCGAGGACGAAGUAGAAAUCCGUAAAAAGUUAUUCAAAAUUCUGGUCGCACGCCAAGAAAAAGACACGAAAGUCGGAAAAGAUUUUUUGACAUCAGUAUCCCUUAACGGUAUUAUAGAUUUAUCAGACGAUGAGACGCACAAACAGAUUAAAAAGUCCUUGAAUAAGGAUCAAAUUUCUUGGCUUGAAGGGGUCCUCCAGAAAAAAAUUUGGAAACCUACUCCGGAAUUUACGGAAUAUAUCAACCAAUUCACGGAAGAAACCUGUACUCGAACCAAUAUUCCAACAAUUGUUCGCAAAUCCUGUGUUACUGGAAGAUUUGAUUCUUUUUAUCACGAAGCGCAUGAUAUUGCCCAGCAUAUACUAACACAUUUCUCUUUACGCUUAGAAGCACCAAUGAGAGUCGAGUACAAAGGUCUCAAUUUAGAAAGAACUUAUGCUAUAGACACAAUAAUUUACAUUUUAAAUAGGUUAUUUAGGAUGUACCAAGACGAGUUGGAUGUUGCUUGGAUUGAACAAGUUACUCCAGAUACAAAAAAACAUAAAUUCGAUGGGUUAUAUAAAGUUAUUAGCACAAGAGGCAAAGGUCAAACUAUCGUCAUUAUUGAAUUUUCACGUGGAAGAACAACUCCCAUGUCCAAGAGAGAUGGUGAUUCGCUUAAGCUUUGUCGAAACGCUAUGAGAACCUUAAAUGUAUUGUUAGGAAAGGUACCCAAGGAGCGUGCACGCAUUUACUUAGUGCAGUCAUUUGACGGAUUUGUUGAAAUUAAGUAUUUAAUUCGACCACUGCCAAAAAUCUACAUGCUACAACAAUUCGGACGCAUCAAAAUACCUGUCACCUUUAGUGAUUUCGAACAGUUUUCAAGGGACAUAAUAUGUUUGAUGGAUUGGCAGACAGAUGUCUUGUCAACAGCCAGAGCAAUAAAUAAAGCAACCACUAAUGUUAUGGAUCCAUCUCCAACAAAAGAUAUUUCGCCACUUAUCAAGAACAAUUCUGAGGAGAAAGGUAUCACCCCCGAUCCCUUGCCUAAAAUAGAAUAUAGCUCAACCCAACCUGAAUCUUCAACGGAGCCUAAAACAUCUACAACUUUUUUACCACAAGAUAUUAUCCAUGACGAUUCAGCUAAGAUCCUUGAUUUUGUAAAAAUGAUACACAAGGAAAGGAUUAGUAGUGAGAUAAGAGAGAGGAACAGGGAAAAAAAACUUCAAGAAUCACAUAAUAACUCAACUCCACCGAUACAAUUCGAAGUAUCAACCAUGUCGACACCUAAAUCUUUGGACUCAAAAACUGUGAAAAAGCUUUGGGAACAGAACCAAAAUAAAAACCAGGACAAAAUAUCUCAAUCACACAAGAAAAAGGGAACAGAGAAUAUCACCCAUGUGAUAGCUGAUGGCAUUCAGGAUGUACUUGUGCACAGCUCCGCUGAUAAUAUUAUUUCAGUUGAUAAUGAUGAGUCUAAUAUAGAGAUGCAAAGUUCUAUUUCUUCUGAAAUAAAUCAUAUGACAGAAAUUUCAACGACAGCCCGUCGCCAAAAUUGUGCAACUGAAAUUUUAUCUGAGGCAAGUAUAUCUAUCGAAGAGACAAAAUCUCAGCGUAAGCUGGUUAAAGGUCAAGUUUCAGACUCAUCUGUUUCUAUCGAUUCGAAAACUUUACCAGAAGUUGAAGAAGGUUCAUUUACUGAGAAGGUAUCACCAGAAAAAUUAUCAGAAACGAUUUCAGACGGUUCAACCGAGGCAAGUGUAUCAUCUAAUCUAACUCAUAACCAUGUUUAUUUCCGUAAUAAAACAUUAAAACAGUAUCCUAAUUUAUAUCGAGAAGAUAGUGAUGGAAACGAUGAUUAUUAUGGAAUUACUGAUGAAUCUUUAUGCCCGCUAUGCAAGAUAGAUCAUGAUGAUGAUAAUGGUAUAGAAGGCAGAUAUGAAAUUGGAUCUUACUAUAUUAAAUGUGAACAGCGUGGAAUUGAAAUUAAG